UCUCUAUACCCCCACGUCAAAAACAGUUGCAGCCGUUUUGUCGUGCUCCGUGACGUUUAUAAAGAGUUUGCAAACGUCUGUUGCAUUUCUUUGUACAUUUUAUAGAAAACAGUGCACAUUUAAUGCCACUCUUUUAAAAGUUUAUUAGCAAUUCUCUCUGUUAUUAGUGUCGUUUGAUAUUUUGUCAGCAGCUUUAAGGAGGAAUUAUCGGUGCAGGACAUAAGAUAAACCAAAAUGGCUGAUGUUAUUUCGACCACAACUCACUCUGAAUUAAAAUGUCGCACUGUUGAACGCGGACCCCGACCGUCUGUUACGAAGGCGAGCACGAUCAACCCGAACGUAUGGGGGCGAAAGGAAAUCCAAUUUGGCUCGUCCCUUCUUCUCUAUCCUCGCAUCCUGCUCCUUCUCCCAACCGCGACGAUCCUUUCUUUGAUCGAACGCGACAUCGCGUCUGGCUUCGCGUCUGGAAUCCGGGAAUUCAAGGGGAUGACAAUAAUAGGAAGACACAUUCCAAUCACUAAAGUUAAAACGAAACCAAGGACCAAUCAACCUAGAAGAGUACAAUUUGUUACUACCGAGGUAAGAUGCCAGGAAAAAACUCGCGGCGGUCUCCGCUACGAGGUGAUCCUGGGCGAGUCGGACGCUAAAGCCACCCCGCCGCCGAAGAAGCAGCUCUCGCCGAAGAACAGCGUGUCCGUGCAGGACAUCGAGGACAAGCUGAAGGCGGCCGAGGAACGUCGCCUGCAGAUCGAGUCGAACAAAAUCGCCGCGCUGACGGCGAAGAUGGGCAAGAUCGAGGAGGCGUCGCGCAAAAGGGACGAGCACACCACGCAGUUCAUUUCGCAGACGAAGGACGCGCUGGAGAAGAAGCUCGAGGAUCACAUUGAAAACGUAGAAAAAGCCCGAUUAACACUUGAACAGCAAACCGGCGAGGUUCGAACUGCCAUCGAAGACAAACUGAAAACCGCAUCUGUGCAAAGAGAUGAAAACAUGAAGAAAAUGUUGGAACGUCUAAAGGAACAUGAAGAGCAAGUGCAAAAAGUGCGAACAUCCAACGCCGUCAAAUUCCAGCAGUUGGACGCGUCCAUCCAAGAAAAACUGGAAUCGGCCAAAAGCCGCAAAGAACAGCUGGAACUCGAGCAAAGGGAAAAACUCAGGAGCCACCACGAAAAAGUCGAGGAGGUAAAGCAAGCGGUCGAGAUUCGCAAGACCGAGACUGUAACUAAAAUCGAGACGAAAUUGAGCGCGGCCGAACAAAAGCGAGAAAAAGAGAUGCAGCGCAAAUUGGAGACCAUUAAGAGGAACGAAAAACGCGCUGAAGUUGUCCGCCAGAACAAAGCCAACAUUAUUGCGAACAAAUUGACUCCGACGUCCGAUUAAAAAUCACAAUGAAUAUUUGUAUAGUUCAUUUAAUUAACAGUAUAUUAUCUGCUUUACAUAUAAAUCUUGAGAUUUGAUCCCAAUAUCAUCACGAGAAGGAUUUAUCAGUAGUAAACUUCUUGUGUUAUUGCUUUUUAGACUGAACGAAGUUGUGAUUAUUUUUUACCCAUUUAGUUUGUAUUUUUAUAUUCUACUUAUAUUACAAGAAUGCUCAUUUUAAACUAUGUGUUUUGUGUUAAAUUUAAAAAGUUGUCGAAAUUUUAUAUAACCUAAUCGAAUUUAUAAACUAAUAAAAUGUUGGAUAUAUUUUAAAAUUGACCAGCUAGCUUAGCCAAGUGUGAGAUAUUAAAUUAAAAGAUUUUGCUUUAAAAUAUUGUAAAACGUUUUGCGCACCUUAUUUCACGUGUAGCUAGGUAAUUUAAUAAAAAAAGUGUAAGAUAAAAUUAUUUUUUAAUAAUGUACAAGUCAGUGUAAGGGCGCGAACUUGAAUUCUAGCUUGGUUUGAAAGUUAUGAUAAAAGGUUAGCAGAAUAUUUUUGGAGAUAUUGUUGCAUGGUAUUUUGUGCGGCUAACGCUGUUUUAUUUGUGUUAAUGUAGAAAAUUUUAAAAAAUUCAAAACUGCCAUAAUCGGAAAUAAUAUAUCAAAAACUGCCAUAAAAUAUCUGGGUAUGAUUUUUAAAUUUAACUGAAAUGUACAUGUUAUUUCGUGCUGCCUUUUGUAUGAACGCGAUUUUGGACGUGAAGAAAUUGUGCUUUAUGCUGUGGAUAAUCUUGGUUUACACCUGAUUUGAUAAAUAAGGUAUUUUAAUAUUUUUAAACAGUAUAAACCAAGAGACAAAUCUACAAGCUUCUGUGAUGAGUUUUCGUUAAAAAAAAAUAUAAAAAAAAGAAAAGGGAAACAUUUAGCUAAAUCUACUGUAAUAUUUGUAGCAAUUUGUGUAGUAUUAAUAAGGUAAAAUCACCAGAUUCAUAACGCUUUGAAAUACAAACUAAUUUAAGAAUGGAUAUUAUUAGAUUUAACAUUUUUCCAUUAUGUGGCAUAGUGUUUUUAUUUGUGUUGUUUUUUCAUAUUAUAGGUUUUAAGGUGUUAUUUGUAACAUUAUAAGUUUUAAGAACUAAUAUUUUAAUUUCAUACUAAUGUUGC